CACCGAGUAACACGAUUCCCGUACGAUUGAUAGAAUUCUCUCGUAUCUGGACGUGGUGUCGCUAUGCCGUUGCGCGCAAGUGAGCAAAGCCUGGAACGUGUUGGCGCUGGACGGGUCCAAUUGGCAGCGAAUCGAUCUGUUCGAUUUCCAACGGGACGUCGAGGGAUCAGUUAUAGAGAAUAUAUCGAGACGGUGCGGCGGGUUCCUGCGACAGCUGUCCCUUAGGGGAUGCCAGAGCAUCGGGAACAACUCGAUGCGCACGUUGGCCCAGUCCUGCCCGAACAUCGAGGAGCUGAACCUGAGCCAGUGCAAGAAGAUCUCGGACGCCACCUGCGCGGCCCUCAGCAGCUGCUGCCCGAAACUGCAACGGCUGAAUCUCGACUCCUGCCCCGAGAUCACGGACAUGUCCCUGAAGGAUCUCUCGGACGGUUGUCCGCUUCUCACCCACAUCAACCUGUCCUGGUGCAAGUUACUUACCGACAACGGCGUCGAGGCGUUGGCGAGGGGUUGCAAGCAGCUCCGCAGCUUCCAUUGCAAGGGUUGUCGCCAGCUGACCGACAGAGCCGUCAAGUGUUUGGCUCAAUACUGCCCGAAUUUGGAGGCGGUGAAUCUACACGAAUGCAGGAACAUAACGGACGAUGCGGUGAAGGACCUCAGCGAACAGUGUCCGCGUUUGCACUACGUUUGCUUGUCGAACUGUCCGAACCUGACGGACGCGUCGUUGGUCACGUUGGCGCAACACUGUCCGCUCCUCAGCGUCCUCGAGUGCGUCGCCUGCACGCACUUUACAGACGCAGGCUUUCAGGCUCUCGCAAAAAAUUGCAGACUACUCGAGAAGAUGGACCUGGAAGAGUGCCUUUUAAUCACAGACGCCACCCUCAUUCACCUGGCAAUGGGCUGUCCCAGAUUGGAGAAAUUGAGUCUGUCGCACUGCGAGUUGAUCACCGACGAAGGUAUUCGGCAGUUGGCUCUCUCGCCGUGCGCAGCGGAGAAUCUGGCGGUGUUGGAACUCGACAACUGCCCACUGAUCACAGAUGCCAGCCUCGAUCACCUUCUACAGGCCUGCCACAAUCUCGAGCGCAUCGAGCUUUACGACUGUCAACUGAUCACCAGAGCUGGCAUACGUAGACUCAGAACGCACCUGCCGAACAUCAAGGUCCACGCGUAUUUCGCGCCGGUGACACCGCCGCCGAGCGCCGGCGCGUCCCGGCAACGAUACUGCCGGUGCUGCGUAAUUCUGUGAUUCCGCAUCCGAGCGACGCUGAUGUAAAAAUCGUCCGACGUACCACACGACCGGUGGACAUGUUGUUUCGGUGAUCGCCGGUUCGCGGUGACUGUGGGACCUUUUCUCUUUCUCAUCGUCCGGCCCGGCAGACACGGCCCAGGAACACGAACGCGGGGCAUAGCCGGCCGCGUGGUCAACAGUGAGAGAAACCUGAGCCUCGAAACUCGUGAAUCGUGAAUCGUGAAUCGUGAAUCGUGAAUCGCGAAUCCAUCGGAAUCCAUUGAAGCUACACAGGGGUCUGGUUAGUCAGCCAGUACGUCAGUACGUCACCGUCACCCACACACAGCCACACGCGGUGAGACACGGAGGAGACAGGCGAAUACGAAGGAGAAGAACCACACACGUAGACACACGAGUACACGCGACAAAAGAUCGAGGCCGCGGACGAAGACGAUGCAACGCAAAAGAGUCGCCGCUGCAAUUAACGUACCGUUAAUCGACGCUACUACCCAACCACUAUAACUCGCCGCUGUUCGAUAAACUAUUUCGCGGUCCGUUCACCGUUUGCUAACUGGAAAGGCAAAUCGUUGUUUCUCCGAGAUACGGCGUCGCGUCGUUCAACUAAACGCCUCGUAAUCGCGCGACCGUCGACGACCGCCGCCCCCCAGGAAGGAAAGAAAUUAGCCGGGAUUCCUAGAUCGUUUCGCCGGUCCACUCUCUUUCGACUCGGGUCGAUUGGUCGGAAGCUGCUGGUAAGAAGGCACGCCGGUUCAACCCGAUUCCGAUUGCUCGCAGUUGAAAUUCCUUUUUUCUUCUUUCAGUGGUAAUCAGUGGUAUCGUCGACGACGAUAAGCCCGUCGAUUCGGUAUCGAUGAAUUUCUCUCGGAACGAUAGAAGAAGCUAAACUCCGCUAACUAAAGCUGCGAAAGACUUCUUACCAGCAACGGAGACGGUAGCCCGAGCGGGGAUCGCGUUCCCCGGCGUACGCUCUCCCAUCCUACACACGCACGGAUCCCGAGAUCCCGAGCGACCAGUAUUCUUCUCGCUGUUCGAUGUUCCGCGCGACGAAACGAAAGAUGGAAGACGGCGUUCCGCGCGUAUAUGUACAUAAUACAUAUUUUUUUAGUACGACGCAUCCACUCUCUCUCUCUCUCUCUCUCUUCUGCUGUAGACGUUGAAGCUCGUCGAAGAGAAGCCCGCGUACGCGUUACGCGCAUUCUGCCGCGGUUCUCCCGAGCGUUCCCCGUGGAACCGGACCGAUCGCGUUCGAACGCGAUCCUUGUUCUCCACCCCCAUAGAAAUCAAUCACGGACGCUCGAUCGUUCCAUCGGAUGCACCCGGCGUCGGGCGCGCGCGCGCGGCCAACGCGCUCGACACGCGUGUACGUGUGUUCCUGUAGCAGUUUCUCAACGAACACUGCCUAUCGUAAAAGUUAUCGACUAAACGAUUACGAUGAUACAGAAAAGUGUUCAGAAAACGCGACAAAAAAAUUGCAAAAGAAUCGGAAAAGAAAAGGAAAGAAAAGAAGCGAACGCGAACGCGAACGCGAACGCGAACGCGAACGCGCCGUAGAGAAUCGCAGACUUUUCGAGUCUCCGCGAUGGAGAUCGUAGUUGUACAGUCGUUUGUUAGCGAUUAACGUUGUUCACGGGGACACGGGGCUCGUUCCCCUGUUCCCUCGAGGUUCACGAUCGCACGAGCGGCCGGCCCGACGCGACCCAGGCAGCGGAUUUCUUUCCUUCGGUGGGGCGUCGCGCGCGCCCCAGGGCAAUACACUUAAUAGACGCGUACAGAAUCGCUGAUCGAUCGCACUGUCCGACGAAUAGACUUUACGAAUAGUUUGUUCCGCUUUCUUUAAUGCUCUUCGAGAUUCUCUGGGAUUUUCCUGCGACGAGCGCGACGCGACGGUAAACGCGGUUCAAAGAUACCCUUGCGAUUAGUCGUUUCGGAAUAAAAUUUCAAGAGUACAAGAUUUCUGGCUGGCAACUUUCGCGGUUCAAGUAUUUGUAAUUUGAACAUUCGACGGUGACAAGGUGAUCGGAAUAUAUUCGUAGUUGGAAAAUGGAAUUAGAGGGGGAGAAACCGUACGUUGGAUUGGUAUCCGACGCAGAAAGAUUUCCGAGAAUCGUGGAUGGAAAUUCGCGUCGGACAGUGCUCGUCAACGGAGUUGCCGACUCCGCACCGGGAGGCAGAGAGUCCGAGUGAUCCGCGACUAAUAAUCGUCGCGUUUAAUUGCUGCCGGCCGUUCAGGCGGUACGACCGUUGGCACCUACGAACCAAGAUACGAUUGCAUUUCACGGCGAUACGCGGACAGUCCGGCAGCCGUUCUGCCCGCGGAUCGCUCCUAUCGAGACCCAAACGUACC